AUGCUUACAAUUAUGUUUUUCAACAAAUUAUUUAAAAGCUUUAAAAAAAACAGUUCAUUAAUCCUUUUCUCUAUAACGAUAUUAUAUUUUUUUUACACAUAUGUAUCAUUGUUUUUGUUUAUAUUUAACAAUGCACUGUUUUAUCUAUUUGUGAAUAUAUACCUGUUUUACCUAUGCUUCCACUUUAUUAUAAGAGCGUUGACGUACCCUGGAAGUUUGCUUCUUUAUUUACACAAGACAAAUUAUGAUAACAAGAUAGAGCUAUCCAAAUUUUAUAUGAAAGAAUGUGUAAAAUUAUCAUUUAUAAUAAAUUGUAUUCGAGGAAAUAUUAAGAAGAUAUCUAGAGAAAAAGAUGACCCAAAUGGAAACUAUAAAAUAAAAUUCCAACAAUUGUUUUCAGACAAUAAUUAUAAGGAUAACUAUUUUAACUUUUUUAGUGGUUUGUAUAUAUUUUAUACUCUAUAUGUUAGUUACUAUUUGUAUAUAAAUUUAGAAGAAAAUGGAGAUUUCAGUGAGGAGCAAUUAUAUUUUUAUUAUUAUUUAAAAUUAUUUAUGACAAAAAUAAACAAAAUAAAUAUAUAUAUCAAUAAAGAUGAUAUAAUAUAUCAAGAAAUGGUAACUAAAAUAAAAAUACAUGAAGACCAAAACCAAUUAGCAAAUGAAUUUAUAAAAAAAAAAACUAUGCAAAGAAAAAAAAGUAGAAGUAGAGUAAAAAAUAAAGGAGAGACAAAUUAUUUUUGGGGAUUCGAAUGGAUUUAUAAUUUUCGAAACGGUGGUAAUAAUAAUAAUUUAUCUAAUCCAAAUGAAUCGGAAGAAACGGAAAUUUUAUUACCCGAAUGUGAUAAAACGGUGAAGAUUAAUGAUUAUAAGAAGAAAAAAGAAGCAUACAAUAGUAAUGAAAAUAAUAAUAUUCCUUCGAAUUAUAUUGAUGUGAAUAUUUUGAGUUUAUAUCAUCAUGAAAAUUAUGAAAAAUCCAUAAGUCAUGCUAACUAUAUGAAUUUUUUUAUGGCAAUAAACUUGAAAGAGUUAUCAAUAUUAUUUGAAGAUUUAGCUUUUGUUUUGAAUAAAUUAUAUGAUAUUUUUAAAUCUAAUACAUUAAGAGAAAGGAUUGAACUAACAAAAAUUCCAAACUUGUUUAAUAAUUUUUCUAAAAAUUAUAUAGCAGGAACAUUAGAUCUAUUUAAAUAUGAAUUAAUAUAUAAAUAUUAUGGAAAACAACAAUAUUUAUAUGUGAAUAAUGUAAAAAUUGAUUCUAUGUUUAUACCUUGUAAGAAAUUUUUAAAUGAUAAUAUGCAAAAAUAUAUUGAUAUCCAAAAAUCUGGUAAAAAAUUUGAUACAAAUAAAGACAACUCAGAUACAAGCUCCAUAUUUUCUAACGCAUUUAAUAAUGAAUUUUAUAAUUAUAUUUAUAGUAAUGAUUAUUUAUAUAAUAUACCAAUAGUAUUAUAUUUUAACCCGAAUGGGGCAUAUUAUGAAUUAAAUGCUUGUUAUUCAGGAGUACUAAAAUUUUAUUUAGAAAAUAAUAUUAAUGUUUUUGUAUAUAAUUAUAGAGGUUAUAGCAAAUCACAAGGAUAUCCAAAUUUAAAUAGAAAUAAUUUAGACGCAUUAAAAAUCACUGAAUUUUUGUUAUCUAAAAAUGUAAAAUAUUUAGGAUUACAUGGAACAUCAAUAGGUGGCCCAUUAUGUUCUUAUGUGUCUUAUCAUUUAUGUAAUAUUAAUAAAAAAAAUAUAAACACCGAAUUAAUGGAUAAAUUACAUAAAAAUGAAAUUUAUAUAAAGAUAGCUUAUAAACAAAUGAAUAGAACAAUAAAAUUAAUGAGUAGUAAAAAAAACAAAAUACUAAUAAAUAUUUUUCUAACACCUUUUAAAUGUAUUAUAUUAUUAUUGCAAUUUAUUAUGUUUUGUAAAUUAAAAGUAUCAAAUGCUUAUAUGAAAAGAAAAAUAAAUAUAAGUAAUAGAAAAAGACAGUUAUUAUUAAAUAAUUAUGAACAGUCAGAAAAUUCCAAGAUAUCAUUUGUGUGUGUUGAUAAAUCAUUUUAUAAUUUUGAAGAAGUAGCAAAAUAUAUGGUAGGGGAAUAUGCAUACAACAUAUUACAAUUUACAACACAUAAAUUAGACAUAACAAAGUAUUACAUAAAUUCAAAUAUACCCAGAAUUAUAAUAUAUGAUAAUAAUGAUGAAAUAAUUCAUUAUAUGUCUAAUGUUAUUACUGGAAUAUCAAAAGAAGUUUCAAAAUUAUAUAAGAAUAGUAAUUAUUAUAUAAAUUCACGUAAAGAAAUAUACAACAAUGAAAAAGAUGAAAUGGAAUUUUACAAAAAACAUAUAGAAAUGGAUGAAGAACUAAAAGAGGAAAAUGUAGGUGAUAAAAGUUAUGAACUUAAUAACAAUAUUAAUGAUUUAACAAAAGACAAUUUACUUCCGUUAAAUGCUGAUUAUGAUAAUAAUAAUUUUGAUAAUGAAAAUAAUAAUUCUUUCAACUUGAGCUCAGAUGAAAAUAUUGAUUAUUUAUCUAGUAAAAAAAACGGUAAAAAAGGAAACGAGAAAAAUAAUAAAAAUAUAUUGAAUAUUUUUAACAUAAGUAAAGAUAAACCUACUUUUAUCGAAACCCUAAUUAUAGACGAACAUGUAGAUAUAUCAUGGUGUGAUAAUAAAUUAAAAAAAAUAGAUUUGAAAUUAUUUUUAGAAAGUUGGAAAGUAUUAUGUGAUUGUAUUUUAUUUUUGAAUAAAUCGUCUACAACAAAUAAUUCAUUUAUUUCGAUUGGUUUAGAAACAUUUAAAUCUAUCAUGUCUACAUAUAACUCAAAAGAGAAUAAAUUCGAAGAGGCAACACGUAAUGCUGCAUAUUGCAUUUAUAAUAAUAAUAUGAGUUUUAUGGAUAAUUUUAAAAGAGUAAAUUGUAACUAUACCGAUAUAAUAAUGAUGGAGUGUAUAAACAAUAAUAAUAAUUUUAAAAAAGCAAAUAUUUAUGAACUGUUAAAAGAAAAUGAAGAUUAUAAAAUCGAAAUGGAAAACCUUAAUAAAAUAUUAAAGGAUUUAUAUAUGUCUAAAAGAAAAGAAAUUGAAAAAAUGCAUUUUACUUAUAGUGGCUUUUUUCUAAAGGAAGAUUGUUUAUAUGAUUAUAUAAAUACUGAAAAUCGAAAUAAUGAAGAACAGAAUGCAUUUAAUAUAAAGGAAGGUGAUGUAAUAAAAUUUUUAAAUGAAUUUAGUGAUUCAAUAAUUGAAAUAGUAAAUGCAAUGAAUUAUAAUUUAAAUGCAUGUGGACAAUUAUUUAAUGAGUUAAAUAAAAUUUCAGAGAAUGAAAAAGUAUAUUUUUUAAAAACAUUUAUAUAUAAGAUGAAAGUUUUUGGUUCCUAUCCAUCCCAGUGUUUUGUUUCAACAAAUAAUACAAACUUUUGUAAUUCAUUUUAUCAAAUUCCUUUUAUUUUAUCUCAAUAUUCUGAUGCAUACGCAGAUUCUGAUACCACAUCUGAAGACCUAAAAGAUAUAGACAUAUAUAAUUCUGAUAUUGAUGAAACUUUUUUAAAUAAUAUUUCAGAAGAAGAAAGUAAUAAAAAGAAAAAAAACCGUAAAAUAAAAAUAAAAAAAAGUGACUAUAUAUCAAUGUACGAUCUCAACGCAUUAAAUAAUACUCAAUAUAUUACACUAAAAAAAUCGUUGUUAUUACAUGAUUUAAUUAUUUGUUUGAAUUAUUACAAAAAAUAUAAUAAAAGAAAUUCAUUCAACAUAUUCUACAAAUUAGAUGACCAUACAUAUUUAUUAGACAUAAAAGAGUUAUUGUCAUUUAUAAAAAAAAAUAGAAUCGGUUUUAAUAUCAAUAAUAGUUCUUUUAGCAGUAGUAAGGCAUUUCUUGACAUAUUUUCCAGCGAUAUUGGGAAAGAUCAAAAUGAUUCAGAUUUUUCAUAUGAAUUAGAAAAAUAUGUAAGUUGGAUGCGAUUGAACAGCAGAAUGAAUUUAUGUAAAAUAUUUAUUUUGGUGAAAGAAGAAUUAAAUAAAAUGUUAAAUUAUUCCAAAAUUUUAAUGUCAGAAUAUAAUAAUAUUAAUCAGAAUACAAAUAUUCAUUUUAUUAUUUUUUUUAUUUAUCGUAUAAUAAUUUUUAAAAAAAUAUUAACACACACAUAUAUAGUGUAUACAUUUCUACAACGCUUAAAUAUCUCAUUAGAUAUUGUAUUUAAUGAAAGUGGAAGAAAUAAAGAUAUUGAUAUAAAAUCUUUAGAGCCUAUUUCGAGUUUUAAUAUUUUUUACAAAGAUGCCUAUAAAAUAUAUUCGCCAAAAACUUUAGGAUUCCCGCUGAUGGUAAAUUGUGGACACAAUGGAAGUUUAGAUAAGGAGGAUCUUAAUUUUUUUGGAACUUGUAUGAAUUUUUUAUUAAAAAAAUAUGUUUAA